CCAGGCAACAGAGUGAGACUCUGUCUCAAAAAAAAAGGUUGCCAGUGUAUGACAAAAGCAGAAUUAGCAAACUAAUAUAUUUUGUACAUUUUUGUUUUACAAUUCCUAGGAGAAAUCGUCUUCUGAAAAUUUGAGCAUUAUAGCCCACUGGGUUGGUGGAGGGAAGGGGGCUCUAGGCCAGAAUGUUCAUGUUUCAAAGACAUUUUCAAGUUAUAACUAUUGUUAUAUGUUUAUUCAAGACUACUAUGUAUAUAGUGAACAAAUUAAAUCCUUACCUGAAACAUCUAGUCUAUCUAGACAUUUACAAGUGCCCAAUGUAUGUUAAAUGUAGAGGUAGUAAAAUAUCACUUCGUAAAUAUCUUUUUGCUAAAAUUCAGAAGAAAACUGUCUUUUGGAAAUAGAAUUGUUAAACCACCUCUGUGAGCAGUAUAGUACCAUCUAUACUAGUUCAAUGGUUUGGAGGAGGUGGGAGGGAAGGAAUUGCAAAAGGUAAUAUGCUAGUGUGUUCAUACUUAGACAUUUUCAGAUAUCAGUUUUCUUAUGUUUUGUGUAUUUUGUUUUGCUGUGUAUAUAAUGUAUAUAAUGUAAAAAUGUGUCCUAAUUUUGCAAUAUCUAAUCUCUAGAUGUUAGAGAGGUUGCCAGUGUAUGACGAAGUACUUAGUAAAAUUAGCACAUUUUGUGCAAAAAGAUAAAAAAAUAAAGCUUCCUAGAUAAUAUUUUUGAUAAUGAAAAGUUAGUGGCAUAUGCACGUCCCCACGUGCGUGCGCUUCAGGUUGACUCACAGUAUGGAACCACUGGGAAAGAAGAUCUUUAAAGGACUUUUAGUAGCUGAACUUGUGGGCCUUUUGGGAGCAUACUUUUUGUUUAAUAAGAUGAACACAAGCCAAGAUUUCAGACAAACAAUGAGCAAGAAAUUUCCCUUCAUCUUGGAAGUUUAUUACAGAUCCACUGAACAGUCUAGAAUGUAUGGAAUCAGAGAGCAAGAUCAAGAAAAAUGGUUGAAGAGUAAAAAAUAGAACCAUUCAUCACAUACAGCCUCCCAUCUAAGCCUCCCAUCUGAGACCUUUGGGAGGUGAAUGAAGAUGAACCUACUACUAUAUUGAAGACUCUUGGCAGUCACACAGAACAUUCUACUGAGUAAUAGGAACUUCUGGCCUGCCAUGGCCUGCAGUUUCCCACCCAUUAUGUAAAUCCAUUGCUUUUUUUUAUUGCUUUCCUUCUGUUUAUUGUCAAAGGCUAAUGUUUUAGAAAUAAAUGACUAAGGAAGGAAAAGGAAAAAAAAGUCAGU